UAUCCAUCACAGAUACAGGAUAAGUAGUAUUUUCAUUUUUUGGUAGAAGCAGAGUAUUUUGAUGAAUACUUGGCUGUAGCUUUGGAUUUUUGCUUACGCUGGUAUUUACUUGUUUUCAUUUUCUGCCUUUGACUUUACACUAUCAUUUCGCUUUCUGCUCCUCCGUUACCGUCGGCGCUACUUAUUUUUACGCAAGUCCAACCAAGAAUAAGAUGAAGACCAAAACGCGUCGGCCCGAUGCUGAGCCGGGUCGUGGCAUUUUACUCGGCCAGCUCGGGGUGAACGUGAAGCUGAAGACGACGGCUGCAGCCCUUGCGAUCUAUCCUAAAGAAAAAACAUUCCCACCCCAUAGUUGUCACGCAAAUCUGCAUGCUCCUGAGAGUGUCUCUCAUGCGGAGCCCCAUGAGAAGCAUUUUGUAUUCGGGUUUUGAAACUUGUCAUGCUCCAAUCAACAUGGUGUACUGGAUCUGUGAUGCUGCUGAACUACCUCAAACAGCACUACACUACGAGUCCAAAUUUUUCUUGCAAAACAGCCAAAACUUGUGGAUUUGUCUAGCCGAUUCGCCAUCUUGGCUAUGGGGAGGAGGGAUUUUUCCUCACAAAACGAUCGUUCUGGGAUUUAUUCCUCUCCCGCAGCGAGUGCUCGCGGUGCCCCCGUUUGGAACGCGUAACAAGUCGGAAAUGAAUCGAGAACGCUAUGACCCGCUCAGACGUGGUUACAAUCUCAACUGUUACAAUAGAAUUUGGAUUUUGUGAUGCAAGAAAUGCAUGAUCUAGCCAAUUCGCACAGGAUUGCGCAUGACAAGUUCUGGAGUGCCAAACCGCACGAGAAUCUUCUUCUCGCGAAAUUUGUAUUGCGAAAAGCGCAAGACUCUGUACGUUCCUCAUGCUCUUCAUGCAAGGCAAAUUCCAGAUUCUAUGGUAACCGAUUUGAGAUUGUGCACCUGAGCUUGUUAUAAACGCGCAGCCUUUCGCACCCCCUCGCUGAAGCCGAGCCACGAUGCGCGAAAAGUUAAGCGCGACGUGCGCUGGGCGUUCUAUGGAAGCGUCAGGUUUGAAAUCGACAAAGUUGAAGUAGUUUGUGAUGCAUGAAAUGGAUACAAGUUGGAACACAGUUUCCAAGUGGCGCAUGACAAAUUUGGGUAGAACCGAAAUGCGCUUUGUCAUGCUGUUUGGGUAAGGGCAACGCCUUUUCUCGUGCUACUUUAGCAGCUCCACUUCUACCCCUAAACGGGCCCACAAUCUGCCUCACUUGGCUACUCUACAAGACAGGCACUUUGUGGGUUGCAACUUUUUGCAUGACAAAUCAUUUCAACUUUGUCGAUUGCGAUUCUGACACACCCAUACGUUCACGGCGGCCACGGCACUGCGCACCCUGCCGGGCUGCAUAUCGUGAGAAAAAAGUGUUAAAAUUACAGCCCCUUGUAUUGCAGAUCAGGCAAGAGACCCUUGCUCUGUCCUGCCGAAUAUGCACAGGAGCCUAGUUUCAUACGUGUUUUAUUCCUUUGUGAUCUCUGCAUUGCAAGUUUUGUCUGUCAUGCCGAGUAAGCUUGUGAGGCUGGAGUUACAACAAAUGUGUAUAAGGUAGCAAUUUUUUCUGCGAUACUGCAGCGCCAGCCACGAGUACCUGCGUAACGAGAUUCUUAAGUAUCAUCCGAAAGAAAAAUCCGAGAAGACGCCGGAUGUGCCGCCAGUCGUGCAGGAGGGAACGGGAAACUCUGCAGCAGACACCUAUGGAUGUGUCAGGAUUGAAAUCGACAAAGUUAUUGAAAGCGACAAAGUUGAAAUAACUUGUAAUGCAUAAAAUCGAUACCAGUUGGAAGCCCAAUUUCUAAGCGGUGCGUGACAAAUUUCGGCACCGUCUAAAUCCAGUUUGUCAUGCUGUUUAGAGACAGAAGGCGUUUUUUGUCAUGCUACUUUAGCAGCUCUAUCGCAGACCCGAAACAGGCCGACAGUCGGCCUCACCAGCCAUCCCUGCAAGAGAGGCACUUCAUGCCUUGCAAUUUAUGCAUGACAAAUAAUCUCAACCUUGACGAUUUUAAUCCUGACGCUUCCAUAACACCACGGACGGGUCCGCGUCCUGGGAUCCGGUGUACGGUAUCCUGUGUGAAUAAAACGGGGUGGUCCACAUUGUACGACCCCAGAGCAGUUGUCAUACAAAUCCGCAUGCCUGAAAAGGUUUCUCACGCACGACAGCCAGCACGACAUGAGAGGCGGUUUACUGUAUGCUAUGUGAGUAGAGAAUGUUUUCAUGCUCGCUGAACUUCUCCGACAAGGAGCAGAAGCUGAUCGAUUUCUCUGACUGCACUCGCUAAGCAAGACUGUACUACUAGUACUAGCCCACUCUUUAUGGCCAUUCUAUCUACGUAAUUGACAAGUAGCUAAAAAUUUUCAGGGUCUCCGCGCAUAGGAAGCUAAUUUAUCUAUUUUGGUCAUGCAAAUUUGUGAUGCCUGGAAGGCAGUCGCAGUCAGAAGACUUAGUUAUCUAGUUAAGAAGGCUGCUAGCUCCCGGCGCCAGCAAGUACCAGCUCCACGGAUUCGGGACCCGAAUCCGUGGGCCGUGCCGUCGGGGAAGCUGAAUAUAGCCUACCUUGUAAACUAGGUAGUUCAAGACCCAAAAAAAGCCGACUAGCUAGUUCAAGAGAAUAAACUGAAGGUGGCUUAGCUACUACGAUACGUUAAUGCGCGGACCCUGAAAAAUUUUUAGUUUUUUUCGAAUUACGUAGAUAGAAUGGCCAUACUCUUGUCAACAUCAUGCGCGACAACUAAAAGCUGUUGGUUUUAUUUCUAGCAAAAUUCCGCCCAUCUUGACUCUGGGGCAUCGUCGUGGCGACACCCGUUUUUACACAGCAUAUACGGUUCCGCAACACUAGGUUGGGAAGGGUGGAACUCCGCACACGCUCCUGGAAGCAGGGACGCGCAACUUAUCCUACAGAAACAAAAGUACACCUGAUAUACAACUAGAAGAAAGGAGGUAAAGCUAAAGCUUCCUUGCCAUCUCCACCAAAAAACUGUCUCUCUCUCUCUCUCUCUCUCUCUCUCUUGGUGAGUCAGCAUCAACAGAGGUGGUUUUUUUUCAUGUAGAAUGCAGAUUGUAAUGUGGAUGCGGAAUUCUCAUGAGUAUGAGGAUCGCGGUCAUGAUGAAUCUGAUAUGUUGGUGGUCAUAUGGGUGUGCCUGUUUUCUGUCUGAUGCCAGGGCUGGGAAAGGAAGACACCGCGAAGCAGCUUCGACAGCUCCAGUUUGGCGGCAUCUUAGCCGCGAACCGAGUCGGAACGAGGGACCCCUUCACCGGCAACGCGACGGACGUGAGCGAUCUUGUGCAGAAGUUGCAGCGCCUACAGCUGCGGGACCAGGACAAGCUGAAUUUAUCAGACAAGAAGGAGCAGGUUGCUGAAACAGACCACGGGAACUUGGUAAGUCGCAUGCUGCAUGUAAUUGGGCGGGACAAGUGUCGUCGAUACAUGGAGAUCAGCGAGUUUGCGCGGGCAGCACGGCAGCUACAGGUGCCGGAGCAGCGGGAAGAAUACGCCCACGGCGAUGUCUUUUGGAGGGAGCAAAGGGAAAAAGACGUGCGUAUUCUGAGCAAAAACGUUCCCAUACUUGUCAUGCGUAUUUGCAUGCCCAGAUUGUGUCUCAUGCGUAGCCCCAACAGGAGCAGUUUCGCAUUCUCUUUAGGAUUUUGCCAUGCUAGAAGCCGGCCAAUUUGAUGUGAUGCGGCUUGACGACCUCAACGGGACAACUACACUACGACAUUGAACUUGUCAUGGCAGACAGCCAAACCUUGUUGAUUUGUGUAGCAAAGUCGCCAUGAUCUUCACUCUAAGAUGGGAACGUUUUAUUUACGCAGGAUAGUGCGAGCUUUGAACGAAAGAGCUGCAUUGGUGGCCCGGGGUUGGAGCUUUGCAUCGGCGCUGCGCAUUGGUGGCCCAGGGUUCUGGCACGACAGCCAAAAAGACAACGAGCUGCUUCACCGGCAGAGGCAGAGCAAGAUUGCCGCGCAGCGCGCUGCCGCGGAUGGGUACAAAAUCGGCGCGCUCACCAGCCUCGUCGGGUCCCCGGAGGAAGACUUUAAGUUGCUCGUCGAACAGGAAUAUCCUGUGCAAAAGUAUCGUACUCGUAUUGCAUUCAUGCAUUACAAAUCUUUUUCUUGAGGUAAAUCAGCAUCACAAAUCUUAUUUCUCAUGCUGAGGAGAUUUGUAAUGCAUUUAUACGAGUACGAUGCUUUUGCAAUUCAUAAGGAAGCGGAGCACCUCCCGUGCUGGUGCUAUCACGUCGAGCACGCGACGAUAUCUCCCGGGCAGGCGGACGACGCGCGGCGGCUGUUUGGCUAUGCGAGCGACGGUUUUUCGGCGCGACCGAUUGUGCAUUUGAACCGAGGGCGCCAGUCUUAUCUCCGGGAAGGAGAAGAGCCGCGUGGGGAUCAUGGGAAUGAACAAACCGGGUCAGAAAAGAAAGAGGAGGAGGGGCUAGUAGACGGCAAUACCGGUCGUGAAGGGCGCAUGUUGGCGGUCCUAUCAAAUGCAAAAGUGUCUGGGUCUGGAAGAGUGCGCGAUUUGUCAUGCUGCUUUUCCAUGACCCCUGAGGUCUUGAAUGCAGGACCUAGCAUGACAGAUUCUGCGAGACCUUUCUAAUGCCCAUCCUGCAUGAGAAACUCGCUCCCGACUUGGUCAAAACUGGCCGACUUUUGGUAAUCAUGCAACACAGAUUUUUGCAUGCUGCAGAUUUAGCAUGACAAGUUGCAAUCUUCCAGACCCAGACACUUUUGCAUUUGAUAGGUCCUGCACCACUACGAUGGUGCGACGGACGUGGCGACGCUGCGAAAUUCGGCGGGCGAGGCCACGAUUGAUGAAUACCCUUCGGGCCGGGUGGCGGACAUGGUCCAGCUCGGAGGUUUGCAGGUCACCAUGUUGCGACCGCUGGUUGCGGUGGUAAGCAGUGGUCCACCAUCCGUGACGACCCCUGCUCCCCACCCAGUGGCGCGGUACGGGGUCCUGGGUCCGGCGGGAGCCAAGUUUUGGGCGUCGCGACAUCUCCUGCAGCAAACGGGUGAGCAGUUCUUAAUCGGGGAAACGCAGAAGAUUGAGUGUCCGGACGAACACGGCCUGGUAAGCGUGGCUCCCUUCGAUGUGCAGGCUUGGGACCUCGCCGCGCCGGCCGGCAGGACUCCUCGCCCGAAGCAGAAACAAGCUGCCGUAGAAGCAGAGGCACAGUUUUCGCGGGCCGCUGAUCGGGAGUCUAUACUGUUCGCCCGGGGCGCUCUGCCCGCCAAACACGACCUGGACGGGCUGCGCAAAGGGUUCCUCAACCCAGACCGGGGGGAGGUUCGCGAAAGCCCUUUUUAUCUGUACCUCACCAACGGCAUCCAUCUGGUUGCGCACUUUCGGGAAGCGGAGGCGCUACAGGCAAGCAACGAUCACACCGGCGCGCGUGCGCCCGUUUUCGACGUACGCCCGAGGCGCCUGCCCGACGGUACGCGUGCGCCCGGUACGAGCGCGCCCGCCCGGGCAGAGACAAGACCCUCUUGCUGGAGCGCCCCGGAGCUCUACCCAGUGGAGGCGGCACCGGCUCACUGGGUGGAGCACAAGCAUUUCGGUCUCUGGGCGAAAGAGUGGCGCAGCCGGACCAACGGUUUUCUUGCAGCCGAGUCGGUAGCCUUGCAGGGGUCUCGGCACGAUAACAUUAAUAGAUUUCGGGCGCAGGGGGGGCGGAGGUCCCAAAGGUGGGAGCAGGAGAGCCUAUGCUGAGUAAAAUCGCCCCCACCCCAGAAUCUGCAUGCCAAAAAAGUUUCUCAUGCGGAGCCCCAGGGGAAGCAUUUAUUUCUAGUUGUCUUUAUUUGGAGUUUGUGAUGCUAGAAUCAGCAUGAUGUGCUAGAUCUGUGAUGCUGCUGAACUAGCGAAACAGGGCCACGCUAUGUAUGCGGGCAAACUUGUCAUGCGAAACAGCGAAAGCUGGUUGGUUUGUCUAGCAGAUUCCUCAUCUUGUUGACUCUGGUGUGGGGACGUUGUUACUCAGGAUAAAGCCUAGACGCGGGAGAGUUGGACCACUGGGUGAUGCUGAACGCGCGGGAUUCAUUCUUUAUCGCCCCCUAUCAAAUGCAAAUAUGUCUGGGUCUGGAAAUAACUUGUGAUGCUGAAUUGCGCAUGAUGGAGGCGCUUCCAAUGGCAGCCAAGCAUGACAAGUUUUUGAGACGCCUGCUGAUGCCUAGGACGCAUUACAAAUUGCGUUUUAUUUGCAUGACAAAGAAAGCUUCUCUACUUCUGCUGCUCAUGCAACACAGGUUUUCCAGGAAAAAUGCAAGAAACGCACUACAAGUUCCACUUUUCCAGACCCAGACAUAUUUGCACUGGAUACCCCCGAAGCGCGUGUGCCACCGCCGCGAGCCGGGGGCGUCCUGCGGCAAACGCCCGCCCUCAGCGACUUACUGCGGUGGCGGCAAGGGGGCCGGAUCGCCUUCGCCUGCGUGGCGCACCUGACCGAAAAUGCGUGCAAGCUCGAGCAGGAGCGGGACGAGCACGGAGAGCUGGGCACGGGUAUCAUGACCUGGGACAGCAUGGUGGAUACGUGGGAUCGCCUCAGCAUGAAUCCCGGUUUGAGGCAGGACCCCACUGACGCUGGUUCCGCCUCUGCCGCUGUGUCUGAGAGUGCUGCUGGUGUUGACGACCAACCGCUUCACGCGUACAUUCACCACAAGAGGCAAGCUCGCCUCCUGCUAGGCCGGCAGAACUGCGCGUGUGUACAGCGGCUCGCGUACGACCCAGCGGAGUACCAGUGGACAGUUUUCAGUACUGCGCCCCGUCCUACUUCCCCUUCGUUAGCAGUGCAGCAACACGUUGGAGGCGGGAACUACAACGGCCUGACCACCACCUUCGGCGCGCCACAGUGCAAAAGCAAGCAGCUUUCUACGGCCGACGCGCGUUUUCUGUACAUCCAGAGCAGCAGUGUCGCGCGUCACCUUUCCGCUUCCUCUAGUAGUGACGCGUCAUCCGUCGGUUCUACCGCUGACGUCGAAGAAUAUCUCCGGCGAGAAUAUCGCCUGGUAGAAAACGCUCAGACGCUUCUCCGCCGUUUGUUAUCAGCUGGAGUAGGUACUGGCAGCAGCAGCGCAGGAGCCUCUACUUCCACCGCCGUAGUGCCUCGCCCCUCUGAAGAUGAAGGGGGUGUGUGCUUGAUGCGUAUCCCAAAACCCAGUCCUGUCCAUCACUAUUUCUGUGUUGCUGGGCGGCGGCAUAGGCCUGCGAUGGUGCCAGAGCAGAUGUCCAUGCCGGAGCCAGAGCCGGAGGAGCUAGCUGCAGGUCACGACGAAGUAGGGACGAAUACUUCAUCUCCCUUACCGACGAACGAAGGUGCGACGAGCGGGCAGGGCCGAGUAGCGACGGACGGAGCCUCCGGUCGCGACGACGAGGAUCUGCAGUGGUGCGCUGCGCAGGACUUGGACUCCUUUAAAUACACACAGGGAUACAAUGCGGGGUUUGCACUCCCACCACUCGAGGGCCCCCGCCAAGAAGAACAGCAGGACGAAGCAGCGACGUUGCUGUCUUUCACAGUGAAUCAUAACGUGGCAGCGCCAACUGAAGGCCGCGCCUCCUGUCAUUGCCUGCAAAAGUUUAUCUUGAGCAAAAACGUCUUCCCCGCCCCAGAGUUGUGGUGCAGAUUUGCGAUGAAAUUCGCAUCCCCAUGAGAGGCAUUUCGUAUCGUGUUUUGGCAUUUGUUUUUUUUUCCAACAGGAUGAGGAGAUGAAUUUGUCACGCGGUUUCCCUUGCUCACCUGCACUACAAAACAGAGCGAAACUUGCCAUACGCGAUUCCUAGAUUAGUGCUGCAGACUUCCCAAUCAUUGACUCUGGGGCGGGGACGCUUUUACACAGGAUAAAGCUGGCUUUCGAACCAGCGCACUACCUGUGGCGACCGUAUCGCGCCAGCGCGGCGGAGCUUGAUCUGGAAUUUGGGGGCAUGACCCGGGCGGGAGAGGAGGACGGCAAAGGAGAGCAGUGGUGCUUGGAACAGCAGAAGAGGGGGGGCUCGCUAUCACAAUGUUGAAAACCACUACUGCCCUGGCGUUAGAUAGAGGUGCCAAACGUUUGGUCUUGAAUGAAAAUUUUUUGAGGGAAUGAUUUUUUUACCGUCUUGCAUGAUAAACAGUUCAGUAGCAAUAGAAAGUCGCCGCGCAACGUCGAGUUUGAUGUCAUUCUGCUUCCCUCCCCUAGGUCCGGAAGAAAAAAGACUCCGGGCGCUUUUAUGCAAGACACAAAUAGAUGACUCUGUCAUUAGUUGCCACGAACAUCACUUAGCAUCAAGUACAAAUUGUGUUCACGCUAAAAGCCAGACAUUUCUAUACCUCUUCGCUGGAGGUCGCGCCGCCAGGGCGUUUUUUCUCUUGAUCCCCGCACCCGAACUACGUCUUGUUAUAUCGCAAUGCCAACGUGGAGAUUCAAGGCUUCCCUCUGUGGAGAGGCGAGGCACAUGAAAGGGCUGGGGGACAAGAGCGCGACCCGCGCCUUUCUUUCCCGAGUACUACGGGCAGCAUCUGUCUCAAGCGCGUACGACAGCGCAGGGUGUCGGAUGUGCAGGAUGUCGAUUUCCGUGUCGUAACUGCGACAAGCAGCGUCCCCCCCGCAGAAGAGCACAGGGGUGACCAGCAGGAGGUGGAUCCCGAGCCGGCGUCCGGCUCCGCAGCGCCGGGGGAAAACCAAGGUCGUGUGGAAUGGAACCAGCUGAAUCCGCUACGCGGCAUGGUUCGUAGAGAGGUCGUGGGCCACGGUUAUCCAAAUGGAAGGUGCUGUCCCUACUCGCCCCAGAACUUUAAUAUCUUGAAGGCGCUUGUAUUGCAAAAGCCCCCCAUGGGAACAUUUGCCACCCUGCAUGGAGCAGCAUUACAGAUUUUCGAAUGAGAAUGGCGAAAUGUCAAAUCAAGAAAUGCCUAGCACAAGGGAGACUUGUCAGGCAGGCGCUGCUUUGCUCACUUAGAUAAACCUGAAGGAGGAACAGUCUUCGUGCAAACAUGCAUAGACAAAAGAGUUUUGCGUUUAAGAACCGCAAGUGAAGCUCAAACUUCUGGGGGCGGGGCACUUUCUUUCAACUUGAUAACGGUGCUACCGCUACCGCAGCAGGAGCACCCGCCGGCUCAAGCACUCCGACUGCGAAUUAUAAUCCGGAGUCGAGGGACGUCGCUGGGCGCUUAGAACUUGCACGCGAGGCGGGCGUCUGGCCGGGAAAGACCGCGUGGAAGGCGAACAUGAAGACGGAAGUUUUGCCAACGCUGAUGAAGACGGAAUUCGCCAAGUUUUGGAAGUCCGUUUGGACCAAAGCAGUUCCCCGGGGGGCAAUCGGCAUUUGCGCCGACACGGCGCUGAAGUCGGAGCGCACGUCGCUGGGCGCCUUUCCGGUCCUGCCAAACUUUUGCGCGGAUGCGGCGGUGCUGCAGGAGCAAUGUUAUGCGUUUUUCCUGUUCCGUUCCGGGGUGGAAGCGGCGCUGCGGGCGUAUCUAGAGGGGGUCAGGAGCGAGCACCCCGAGAGGGGCGUGGAGGAGGAGGAUGUGACAGAGAUUAUGGAGCACUGGAAAUCGGAGUACCAGCCGGAGGGCGGUCAUUUUCGUGACGCCCGACAAGGUCGUGAGCAAGGGAAUAGUGACGCGGCUGGUGCAGUAGACGGGUCCACCGCGUCGGCCACUUCAUCUUCCGGCGAUGGCAAGAGGUUCGCACAGUCCAUUGCCGGACACAUGCUUUCCGAAAACGAACGGCGGAAGCGGGCGCUGGCGCUCUCCUUACGCAAACAUCAGCAGCGGGACAUGUUGCAAGUGCGGCGGCUUUUCAUACCAAAUGCAAAAAUGUCUAGGUCUGGAAGAUUGCGAGAUUUGUCAUGCUUGUCUGGGAUGACCAAAAAGUUUGUGAUGCGUGUCCAAGAAGAGAGCCUUUUUUCUGUCAUGCAAAAACGCAGUUUGUCAUGCGAAUAACGCAACACAGCGAAGCGCAGAUAUUUCAAUUUCUCAUGCUCGGCUGCGCAUUACAGAGCAUUCACUAUUCCCAACGCAGCAUUACAAGUUUCCAGACCCAGACAUAUUUGCAAUGCAUAUUUCAGCGAGAGCGACGAUUUUUCGGCCGCAACGGAGCUGAACACGAAUGAUCGCAUCACACGACCCCGCCAGCCGCCGCCCACGGGGCUGCAGGAGUGCAAGGCGGCGCUUGAGGAAUGCGACCUCUGCUGGACCUAUUUUGCGCGAAAGUGGAACUGCGCACCAUUUGGGGAGCUUGGGUCGUUCUCCACCAGGUGGGGAGAAAAUUUGGAGGAAUUCGCGCCAUUUGGGGACGUUUCGUUACUGGAUCCGUGGCUGAGCGCUCGUGAGCGUUGCAUCGAGCCAGAGUUGCACUUUGGACGCACCAGGCAUAACAGGUCGAUGAGGCGGCAGACCUGCCUCAGCGCAGGAAUCUUUCACUUUCACUUGGACCAGAAGCUAGCAGUGGUGGACCCAUGCGGUUGGCGCCUGGUGGAGCUGAUCAAUGCUGAGACGCGCCACCUUCUCGCCGCUAUCGGUGACAUGGAUUCGGAGAUGCUCCGAGGAAUGGAACUGCGAGGGGACAGUGAAUACCUUGGGGAUAUCGUCGACUUGGUGCACGAAGGGUCGGGGACUAAUCUAUGUGCUGCCGCCAGGCUGCCGCCGCCACGUAGGGUGGCACCCACAACGAGCUAACUCCGCACUUGCUGGCGCCAGUUUGAGGGGCUUGGGGCCCAAAUUGCCGCAUUGCAGAUCAACAUGUGAACACAAUCAGCCUCAAACAUAAAACACCAUUUUGGGCAUGACUCAAGUAGUAUUUAGCGGGGCUAAGAAUACAUCCUGCAGGUGGUCGGAAUGUUACGAAGAAACUCUUUCAGCUUCUACCUCUCUCUUUCUCUUCUUGUGUGGUUUUGCACGAUGAAAUUGUUUCUGUACGUGACCGAUUUUAGUAUGUGUAUCGAGGGGCGCCAACACUAUCCGGAGUUGAUAUAUAGGAUGGCCCAAGGCUGAACGCCGAGAAGACUUAAAUCAUCAUCUUCGCCAUGUACUUUUAUGAUCAUAUACCAUAAGUCAUCAUCUUCACCUAUUUUAUAGGUGAAGCGUUUCUGUGUCCAUUGCCAACCACUUAUUAAGAACACCAAAGCUCACGACCACCUUGUUCACCUUGUACUUGGCUAUUCUUUUACACAGCUCUAAUCUAAUAAUGCAGCUUGUGAAUAAAGGCAAGAAUGAAAAACAAAAAUCUUGACGGCGCAUACGGACGUAGUGAAUGAAAAGGGGUUCUUUUUGACACGGGACAGUCUAAGUAUUUGCGGAAGGCCUUCAAGCAGUUCUCUAUUACGACUUACUUGAUUUUUUUUGCCAUCUUUCUGCUUAGUGUGAGCUAUCGAGGAACGACUACAGCUACAUGAUUGUGAAGUAGAAUACUAGAAAGUCACAACAUUUUCACGCGUCUGUCCGUAAAGAGACCUUGCUAGGUAGAAUGUGGACAGCCGUUUGUCCACACACUAUGAGCUGUAAGGAACUCAACAUAUUUGUAUAGCAUCCAUCGCGAAGACAAGCGAGACUGAUUGUACAUGAGACAGAGCGAAAUACGAAAACGCAUUGAUGAUUUUGGAUGUCGUCAUAGAACUUGAAGCACAGUGUUGAAUCAAAGAGGACAGCAGGAAGAUCGAGAACAGGCCGAAGAAAGUCCUCUUGAUGCGAC